AUGAGCAAAAAGAUAUUUGGACUAGAAGAUAUACGACAUACCCAUACAUUUCAAGGUACACCAUCAAAGAAGAAGCGGUAUAGUUUUCCGACGGCUAACUCGUCGGGCUUAUUCACCAGUUCAUCCCAAUCUAAUUCUCUGGUGGAUCCGAUAUGGGAAACAAUCGACCCAACUCCUGAUUUACAUGCACUUUUCCAGCAGUAUGAUGACAGUUUCUUCGGUGGAAGAUUAGCUGCAUGUGAGGUGAAAUGGAGUUCUCGAAUGACCUUGUGUGCCGGUAUAUGUUCUUUUGAAAGUAAGGGCAGAUUUUGUUCCAUUCGACUCAGCAAGCCACUUCUGCAAUAUCGACCUCGGAAAGAUCUGGUGGAAACACUGCUACACGAGAUGAUCCAUGCCUUUUUAUUUCUCUCUGAUGGUGUCAUGGAUCAUGACGGACAUGGACCAAUGUUUCAAUUCCAUAUGCACCGUAUUAACAUGAGCGCAGGAACAAAUAUAACUGUUUAUCACAAUUUUCAUAAUGAAGUAGUAUAUCACCAAAAGCACUGGUGGAGAUGUACCGGACCUUGCCGGAUGCGUCCACCAUUUUAUGGUUGGGUAAAGCGAUCAAUGAAUCGUGCUCCUGGUAUGAAUGAUUUUUGGUGGAAGGAACAUCAGAUGACCUGUGGAGGUAACUUUGUCAAAGUCAAAGAACCUGAAGGUUACGGUACGAAAAAGAUGUCCAAAAUAUCGAAUGGAAAUUCACAGUCUCAAUCAUGCUAUACACCUCUAAGUCGAUAUUUCACGGGAAAAGCCGGUAUUUCGAAUCAGCUGUCGUCCUCAGAAAAUAUCUUAGAUUGCAAUCUUAAUGUGGACAGAUCUAGAAAUAAUCUUGAUAGUAGUGGGAUGAAACUUAAAAUGCCUGCUAAAAAUUAUUACACUGGAGGUAACUCGGGUGCACAAAAAUCAGCUUCAACAGCUAAAGAGGAUGCAGCAGCGAUUGCGGUACCAAAAGAUAAUUUUCUGGAAAAAAACAUUCCGGGAAGCAGCAGAUCAGGUGAUGUUAGGAAUAUCGAAUUAGUCGGCAACGAUGUUAUUAUUUGCGUGCAAUGCCCAGUUUGUACUGUCCAUGUUCCAGAAAAUACCAUCAACUCUCACUUGGAUUCAUGUCUCACACAAAACUCAUGA